AUGCCGGUAGCAAUCACCACCACCAUCGAGCAAACCCACUCUCACUUUCCACACCGGCACCCUCUGCCAAGCCGCCGAUCUCGUGACACCGCUUUUUGGGGAAGACCCAGACCUAAAGCCCUGUGGGAGACUGGGAAAUGCCACACGGGGAGGAGGAUGGGGGGAGUUUUGGCUGGUGGAUGGCGAUGGGUGUACGACACCAGGGAGCAAAACCUGGUCAGCGUGGCAUGGCUGAGGCUGGCAUCCAAAACGCCUUUCCCCCUGAAAGCCAAGCUACUGUGGGGCUGCAGUCCCAAGGACUUCUGCAGCCAUCCAGCUGCCCGGCACCUCCUGGGUCAUGGUGGGAAGUGGGGGAGUGAAUAUUGCUUCCCGGUAAACAAAAAGGCACUGGUGUACACGGUCCAGUUUAAUUUCUUGUCAGAGAUAGUCCAGGGCCAGGUGUGGGGGCUUGGAGGAGGAAAAAUGCCAACAGGAGGAAGCACACCACCCCAGGGGCAGCGGUACCCCGAUUUCUGGAGGACACCCAUCGCCUUCCUCCAGCAACAGCAUCUCAACCAGUUUUCCCACGUUAACCAGCAGCAAAACGCCAGCCAGCAGUCUGUCAAGGAGAGAGCAGAGUCUGACUCCCGCAAUGAGAUGCUUCACCUGCUGAGAGUGAAAUUGAUAAAGGACAGCACCAGCCCAGGCAAUUUCACUCACACCAGGCACUUGCAGGUGAAGCACUACCAUAAAAUGCAGCAAGGUUACUCGCCCGCUGCCUCCCAGCGCAAGUCACAACUGAUAGCUGUUUCUCUCAUGAUCUUUUCACCCGUCUCCUGCCAGGCACUGCUUGCUCUGACCCCGGCGCGAGAGUCUGGAAUCGAGCUGUUUGUGAACAGGCUUGACUCUGUAGAGUCUGUCCUUCCCUAUGAAUAUACUGCGUUUGAUUUUUGUCAAGCAGAAGGAAAGAAGCGUCCCUCUGAAAACCUUGGCCAAGUGUUGUUUGGAGAGAGGAUAGAACCGUCUCCUUACAGGUUCACAUUCAAGAAUAAGGAGACAUGUAAAUCUGUUUGUACAAAAACGUAUGACACCUCAAAGCCAGAGGAUAAACAGAAAUUAGACUUUUUGAAAAAAAGUAUGCUACUGAAUUAUCAACAUCAUUGGAUUGUGGACAACAUGCCUGUGACCUGGUGUUAUGAUGUUGAAGAUGGCCAGAGGUUCUGCAAUCCUGGUUUUCCUAUUGGCUGUUAUAUUACAGAAGAUGGCCGUCCAAAAGAUGCCUGUGUUAUUAAUUCAGAAUUUCGUGAAAAAGAUACUUUUUAUAUCUUCAACCAUGUUGACAUAAAAAUAUAUUACCAUGUUGUGGAAAAUGAAGCUCUGGGAGCAAGACUAGUUGCUGCUAAACUUGAACCAAAAAGUUACAAGCAUACUCAUCCAGACAACCCUGAUUGCUCAGGGGUACCUAUGGAUAUAAGUAAUAAGGCUAACGGAGAAGUCAAAAUUGCUUACACAUAUUCAGUUUCUUUUGAAGAAGAAAAAAGUAUAAGGUGGGCAUCAAGAUGGGAUUAUAUUUUGGAAUCCAUGCCUCACACUCACAUUCAGUGGUUUAGUAUUAUGAAUUCCUUGGUGAUUGUCCUCUUUCUGUCUGGAAUGGUAGCUAUGAUUAUGCUGAGGACACUGCAUAAAGACAUUGCAAGAUACAAUCAGAUGGAUUCCACCGAAGAUGCUCAAGAAGAAUUUGGCUGGAAACUGGUUCAUGGUGAUAUUUUCAGGCCCCCAAGAAAAGGAAUGCUGUUGUCUGUUUUUCUAGGCUCUGGCACUCAGAUCUUAAUAAUGACUUUUGUUACCCUGUUUUUUGCUUGCCUGGGAUUUUUGUCACCUGCUAACCGGGGAGCUCUAAUGACCUGUGCUGUAGUUUUGUGGGUACUGCUUGGAACUCCAGCUGGUUAUGUUGCUGCCAGAUUCUACAAAUCAUUUGGAGGUGAGAAAUGGAAAACAAAUGUCCUGCUGACGUCAUUCCUUUGUCCUGGAAUUGUAUUUGCAGAUUUUUUUAUCAUGAACCUCAUUCUCUGGGGAGAAGGCUCUUCAGCAGCUAUUCCAUUUGGUACUUUGGUUGCUAUUUUGGCACUCUGGUUUUGCAUAUCUGUCCCGCUGACGUUUAUUGGUGCCUAUUUUGGUUUUAAGAAAAACGCUAUUGAACACCCUGUUCGCACAAAUCAAAUUCCUCGUCAGAUUCCUGAGCAAUCAUUCUAUACCAAGCCGUUACCUGGCAUUAUCAUGGGAGGGAUUCUGCCUUUUGGAUGUAUCUUUAUACAGUUGUUCUUUAUUCUCAAUAGUAUUUGGUCUCACCAGAUGUAUUACAUGUUUGGCUUCCUGUUUCUGGUAUUCAUUAUUUUGGUUAUUACAUGUUCUGAGGCCACAAUAUUGCUCUGCUACUUCCAUCUAUGUGCAGAGGACUAUCACUGGCAGUGGCGUUCGUUUCUCACUAGUGGUUUCACUGCAGUUUAUUUUCUAAUAUAUGCAAUACAUUAUUUUUUUUCUAAACUGCAAAUCACAGGAACAGCUAGCACCAUUUUAUAUUUUGGUUAUACCAUGAUUAUGGUUUUGAUCUUCUUCCUUUUCACAGGGACAAUUGGAUUCUUUGCAUGCUUUUGGUUUGUAACCAAAAUCUACAGCGUGGUGAAAGUUGACUGAAGAAACCAAUGUAAAGAAUUAACACAGAAGAGGUUUAAUCUUCAUUAACAUAACUUAAAGACCUGGUCUAAUUGAUGAACUUGAGCUUUAUCAGAAGUAUUGGCUUCCUAUUCUUUGAGAAUGAUACUGAAUAUGCAGCUACUUUUUCCACUAACACGUUUGUAUUGUGACUUAACAACCUGUUUUCAUUCAGAUCUUAAUGAAGAUCAGAGUUACGAUAUUUAUGCAUUUGUAAAUACAACGAUACUUUAAAAGAAAUGUUAAAUUCUAAUGGCAGAGUAGAAGUGGCUGUAUUCCACAACCUAAUGAUACUUCUGAUCAAAGUACAACUGUAAAUAGGGUUUUCUAGCUUGGUAGGUGGGAUGAAUUAUUUUUCUUUGAGGGAAAUGAGAACUUUUUAUUAUGUAACUUUGAAGGAUGACUCUUAAGAAGCGUUGCUUUUAGUUUGGAUGUGAUUUUUAUUUUUUACUGGUGUUACGUCCAUAAAUAUUCUGAUUUCUGUGACUUCAUUAGUUUUGGUGUUCUUGGCCUUUUAAACUAUGUGCCUCUGAGUCCUUGAAUUUAUAAAUUCAUAAUCUAAUAAAUAUUGUAAAAAUGUCUUCAGUGGCUUAUUACAUAUGACAAGUUCAUAAAAAUAUGUAAAUACAAUUACAUUGAAGAUGGAUGCUUAAAGAUUGCAUAGAGUAUUUUAUGGCAUUUUCUAUAGGUUAAUGUAUAUUGACACACCCAUAGAUCUGCAAGAAGUGUUAUUUGUGCUCCAUGGCUAUAACACGGAAAUGUGAUUGUGGCGCAUGAGAAUUAAAUUAUACACACAUUUAACAAAACCACUCUGCAGCAUUAACCCAGUCCCUAACCCAGAUACGUUUUCAGAGAUUGCUAUGGAAUUGUCAGUAUGUUGAGAAGAUCUUAUAAUGCAUGAGUCAGCAUUCUCUGCUGAUCUUGCUUUUAGAUCUUGAUGAUGCAUAUCCUAAACGGCAACUAUUGCUGAUUGUACUUAAUGUAGGUUAAAAAAUAAAAGAAAAUUACUAUUUUUGCCUUAUAUUAAGAGACUAAUGUCAAUUUUGGAUGACUAGCAUUAAACCUAUAUUUGCUUUUUUUGAAAA